AUGAAUCAGGGCCACUCGCAUCCCCGCCUGGUGCGGGUCAUGCAGCAGCAAGCCGCGACUCUGGCUCACACGUCGCGGGCCUUCUACAGCGAGCACCACGGCGCGCUCGGCGAGUACAUUACCAACUUGACGGGAUACGACAGGUUUUUGCCCAUGAACACCGGCGUCGAGGCAGGCGAUACGGCGCUCAAAAUUGCACGUCGAUGGGGUUACCGGACGAAGAAAAUACCGAGCAAUAGGGCGACGGUCGUUUUCGCUCGAGGAAAUUACUGGGGUCGCUCGCUGGCUGCCCUGUCGUCGUCCACGGACCCUCCUUGCUACACGGAUUUCGGUCCCUACAUGCCGGCUUUCGAGAACGUCCCCUACAACGAUUUGGCCGCGCUCGAGCAAAAGUUCUCCGACAAUCCGGACAUCUGUGCGUUCAUGGUUGAGCCGAUCCAGGGUGAAGCUGGAGUCAACAUUCCAUCGGUAAAUUAUAUUCAAGAGCGGUCGACCUUGAAAUGUAUCAAAUCAUAA